AAUUAAAUGAGCGAUAAUAGAGAGGAGAAUAAAGUUGAUAAUGUUGAUAUGGAGGAGGGGGAGAUGGAUCUUCAAAUGGAUCCUGAUGGAGAGGGAGAUAAUGACCAAGAUCCAGAAGAGCCAGAUGAAGAAAAUGAAGGUGAAGAUGAUGUUCCUGUUUAUGUAGAGAAAGAUUUCGUUGCUCAACUUCCAUAUGAGUCAGAAUUUAAGGAACAGAAUCUGAAGGAAGUUGAAGAUCUUAGUGUCAAAAAUACAAGAAAAACAAUUACUGUCAGAGUUUCAAGAAGGAGGUGAGAGUUCCACAGUGAUAAAUUCUUGCUCAAUGAUCGAGAGCCAACUGAAGCUCCUGUAGAGAUCAAGCCCAAGAAAAUUACUUCUCUAAUCAAGAAGAAAAUGGUUCUUGAUAUUGGACUCCAAGCUGCACGUACAAUGAAAACUUUCCAGUCUCAGACUACCCACAACAGAAAAGUCAACCUCAGCGUCCAGUACGACCCAACUGACUUCAUUUCAAGCAACCUCGAUAUCGACAAAAAUAAUGCGGAACAAAUGAGCAAGAUGGAGACUUUCUUCGAAAAAGUGGCUCCAAGAAUCGAAGAAGCUCUACAGUCCAACGAGCUCAUCAAUGUGUUCCAGGAUGACUUCGAAAUGCUCGGAGACAGAAAGACCAAGAGCGAGAAAAUGGCCAACCAGUCAAGCGAGCCUCUGCCCUUCUCUGACAUUGACCAUGGUAAGAACAAGAGUGCUUCAUGCAUUGCGUUCCAUCCUACGAAACCACACAUUCUGGCCCUGAGUCUCCUCGAGAACAUCAGCUUUGACGACAGAGCAGAGAUCUCAGGCAAGAGCUAUGAUUCGUCGAUCUUGGUGCUGAACUUCGCUGACCACCACAUCAUGCUGACUCAUGUGCUGCACACGACGAUCGAAGUGACGACAAUUUCGUUCCACCCAGACCACCCGAACCUGCUGUUCGGAGGCUGUCUGUCUGGCCAGGUCACUGUCUGGGACUUCACCGAUGAAACCACCAAAGUCAUCUCUGAAGAUGACAUGGACGCUGAAGACGCUGGAGGCGCUCGCGAGCAAGAAGAUGACGGCCAGGACAAGGCCACACAGUCUGUGACCGAGCUGAAGCCGGCUGCAAUGUCAGUGGUGGACCUGUCCCACAGAGCACAUGUGAGCGACUUGAAGUUUGUGCCACGAGGGAUCAAGGUUGACAGGAAGAAACCAUCAGGCGACAACAUAACACAUUUCAUAUCAAUAUCUGAAGACGGAAAUGUUAUUAUCUGGGAUUCUAGAGAUGUUUUUAAAGAUGCUAGAAGGAAAUUUGCAGGAGAAGUUAUCUGGAAACCAACUAUCUCAUUUACCUUGUUUAGUCUUGAUGGAAAUGGUGAACAAGGUCUUUCUAAGAUUUUGUUCCUAAGAAAUAAAGAGGAAACAUGCUUUUAUGCUGCUUCUGAUGAAGGAGAUCUUAUUCACGUAGAUUGGAGCAAGAGACCUACAGGAAAAGAAGAGAAUGAAUCUCAAAAGGUUGAAUUUAUGACUUCAAGAGAAAGCCAAAGAAAUUAUAGGCCUGUGCUAGCUCUCGAACAAUCUCCCUUCUUUGAUGAGCUUAUCAUGACAGUUCAUGAUUUCAAUUUUUGAAUAUGGAAUAUCAACCUUCCCGACUAUUCUGACCCAAUCUUCACUUCGUCCUAUACAUUUGGUGCUUACAACACAUGCGGGGUAUGGUCGCCAACGAGAGCGGGUGUAAUUUUCAUUUCAAAAACUAACGGAAUCGAUGUAUGGGAUUUCUUGGACCAAAGUCACAAGCCAUCAAUGUCUUUAGCCAGUGUUUCGAGUGUGAUCACCUACAUCACAUUCCAAGAGUACAAGCAGCAAGAUGGAAGCCAGUACCUAGCAUUUGGCGAAGAAAACGACGGCACAAUCUUCCUCUACAACGUGCCUCCUAAUUUGAAAAAUCCUCAAGGCGAUGAGAAGAAGAACGUCAGACAAUUCUGGGAUAAAUUCUGGCAAAGAGAAAUUGAAAAGUGCUUCUUCCAAAAAGAAAGAAGAGAAAUUAGACUCGAAGAGAAAGAAGCCCAAGAAGAAAAGGAAGCUGAAGAAGAAAUGAUGAGAGAACAAGAGAGACAAAAUAAUGACGAAGAAGCAGAGAUGCAGAAGGAAUUAGAGGAAGAAGACGAGUAUCAGCUCAUGAAACUGCAAUGCCAACUUGAGUUCGGAGCAAUAACGCAGGAGCAAUAUGACAAGGUUCUUGAAGAGAGGAAGAAAAAUAAAGAAUUUUAAGUAGCAUUUUAGCAACUUUGAUGAAGAUUAAUGGCAAGAUUCAAU